AAUAGUAAGGGGGUAAUUGCCUAUAAAGAGGCCGGCAUGAUGGUAGAACAGGCAAGACUUUUUUGCACAUUGCUAGAAGCACCACCUCAGACAGAGGCACGAAAAAACCGAUCAGUUAUGGACAAGUAUGACAAUUUAUUACUCCAAGCGUCUUUUAUUUUCAUGGUCCUGUUUGUUUUCCAAACCACAUGCAGACCAUACGAGCCCACAGGGAGUUCAACCAGCAGUCAAUCGCUCAAAAACCUUGUCCAGAAGAUCCGUACAGAUCUAAAAAGUGCUAGUACAAGCCAAGAGAAACCACACCACAUUAUGCGGCGCGAAUCGUGGUGGCACCCAUGUGUUAAGAGCAAGGCCGUGAAUCCUGGCACAGGGGAACUGGAAGUUACUUGUUACCAGACCACUUCUAUCGGCUGCUACCACAACCUCGCCAUCUACGGGUCGACCCGCUGUAAACCCGUGGCGUACGCGCACAAUGGGAAACUGCGGGUCAAAGACUGUACAUGCUUGUAGUGAAUUCAAUUCUUACCCAUUUCAGCUGCGGGACAGCCGAGUAUUUAUAAAA